AUGGCAUCCUCAUCAGCCGACGUUGAAGAUACAAGCUACGUCAAAAUGGAUAAAGAAGCCGACGUAUCUCUUGUCGGCAAGCACUGCCAACUCGAAUACUGCAACCAGCUUGAUUUUCUACCCUUCUUUUGCCAAAGCUGCAAGAAGACAUUCUGCCUCGACCACCGAAGCGAGACCUCUCACAAAUGCGCUAAUGCCGGCGCCUGGGCCGAACGACGACGCCAAGCUCAGUUGGCAAAACCCUCCGUAGGCGAGGGGAAGCGCUUGCGCGACCUCGUUUCGCAAAAGCCAUGCGCCGCGACGGAUUGCAAGACUGUAGUCGGCACAUCUCUAGUCCCCGGUGUUCACUGCUCGACAUGCAAUCGCGAUUACUGUCUUAAGCAUCGGCUAAAGGAGGAACACGACUGCAAAAAUAAAAUACCUAUCGGCGCGCGCCCCCAGUUCGACGUCUCCGAACAAACGAAGUCCGCAUUCGCAAAAUUGAAGGCCUGGGGCGCCGCUAAGAGAGAGGUAGCAAGUCGGGCGCUUCCGAAACCCAAGCCUACGUCAGCAUCGGCGCGCCUCGUCGCCGUUAAUAACCUAAAGAAGGUUGCUAAGGGAGACGCGAAGCUGCCGCCUGAAAAGAGGGUAUACCUAUAUGUAGAAGCAGAGGCCGAAACCACAACGGCCAAGAAUUAUAAGGGCGAGUUUUUCUUUUCGAAGGAUUGGGUCGUUGGCAGAGUACUGGAUGCCGCGGCCAAGAGUCUACAGAUCGAGAAUGUUAACAAUCAGUCUUCUGAGGAGAGGGAUAAGCUUCGGGUAUUCCACGUUGAAGGCGGACGGGUAUUGGAGUUCAACGAAAAGGUUGGCUCUGCGCUUGUGAGUGGUAAUACGGUAGUGUUACUGCGAGGUAUAGGGCCACCGCCUGAUCUUAUCGAAAUGUAA